AUGAAUCUCAGGACAGGCUUUACUUUCUUUCUUUCUUUUUGUUCUUUCUUUCUUGCAAGCUUUAUUUUAUUUUUUUUCUUUUCUUUCUUUCUUGCUUGCAAGCAGUAUUUUCUUUCUUUCUGUUUUUCUUUUCGUUCUUUCUUUCUUUCUUUUCGUUCUUUCUUUCUUUCUUUUUGUUCUUUCUCGCUUCGUUCUUUCUUUCUUUUCUUCCUUUCUUUCUUUCUUUUCGUUCUUUCUUGCUUGCAAGCUUUAUUUACUUUCUUUCUUUCUUUCUUUUUUGCAGGCUUUACUUUCUUCUUUUCCAAUUUCUUUCAUAUUUUGAUUCGGAUACAAUUAUCUAUCUAUCUAUCUAUCUAUCUAUCUAUCUAUCUAUCUAUCUAUCUAUCUAUCUAUCUCAGUCUGUUCAUUAUCUCUCUCUCUCUCUCUCUCUCUAUAUAUAUAUAUAUAUAUAUAUAUAUAUAUAUAUAUAUAUAUCUGAAUCUGUUCAUUAUCUAUCUAUCUAUCUAUCUAUCUGAAUCUAUCUAUCUAUCUAUCUAUCUAUCUAUCUAUCUAUCUAUCUCAGUCUGUUCAUUAUCUCUCUCUAUCUAUCUAUCUAUCUGUCUGUCUGUCACGACUGCUCAUUUAUAUCUAUCAUUGAUUUUACUAAUGACACCCUAA